AUGGCCAACCAAGCGUCGAGGCCCCUCGAGAUCGCCCUCGAGAACCUGGACACCCUGCUCAGGGAAAUCAAGUCCAGGACCAUUUCUGAGGACCAGCGCAAACGCUUCGCCAGGCAAUUACGAGAUGCGAUUGUCGAGAGGUGCCACCGCGAGCUCGCUCCCGAAAACUUCGCGAUCCUGUCCGCCCAGUUGCAGAAGGCCAUCAGCAAUCUCAUCAUCCAUGGCAACGACACGGCCGAGCGCCUGGGAGGCGUCUACAUCAUCGACACGCUGGUCGACUUCGAAGGGAUCGACAUGGCAACGAAAUACACCCGAUUCACACAAAAUCUGCGGCAGAUACUGCGAGGGAAGGACAUAAACCCGAUGCGCCCUGCUGCUGAGGUCUUGGGCAAGCUGUGUAGGCCCGGCGGGUCCAUCAUCUCAGAGCUGGUCGAAGCCGAGACCAAGAACGCUCUCGAGUGGCUACAAUCCGAUCGCAUCGAAGAGAGGAGAUACAGUGCCGUGCUCGUUCUGCGGGAGCUCGCUAGAAAUGCGCCCACACUCAUGUAUGCGUACGUUGGCAUGGUCUUCGACAUGCUGUGGGCGGGGCUCAGGGACCAACGACACCUGAUCCGGGCAACGUCUGCCGAGUGCGUCAGCGCGUGUUUCCGUAUCAUACGGGAGCGAGACCAAGAGCUCAAACAAAUCUGGAUGGAUAAGAUGUACAACGAGGCGUUACAGGGCUUGAAAGCUGGCUCCGUCGAGUCGAUCCACGCAUCUCUGCUGGUAUUGAAGGAAUUGCUGGAGCAGGGCGGCAUGUACAUGCAGGACCACUACCAAGAGGCCUGCGACAUUGUGUCUCGAUUUAAGGACCACCGAGACCCUACAAUUCGCAAGACUGUCGUGCUGCUCAUUCCCGACCUCGCUAAUUACGCGCCAUCGGAGUUUGCGUCCACUCGGCUACACGGGUUCAUGCUUCACCUUUCCAGCAUGCUUAAGAAGGAGAAGGAGCGGAAUGAUGCAUUCCUCGCGAUUGGAAACAUCGCCAACUCCGUCAAGAGUGCGAUAGCUCCGUAUCUUGACGGUGUUCUGAUUUACGUCCGCGAGGGCUUGAGCGUUCAGUCGCGUAAGCGCGGCUCUGUCGACCCUGUGUUUGACUGCAUCAGCCGUCUCGCCGUCGCCGUUGGCCAGACGCUGAGUAAAUAUAUGGAGGCCCUCCUGGCACCAAUCUUUGCUUGCGAGCUCACGCCAAAGCUGACGCAAGCCCUCGUCGAUAUGGCUUUCUACAUACCACCAGUCAAAGCUACGAUCCAGGAGAGGCUUCUCGAUAUGCUGAGCAAGGUGCUCUGCGGGCAGCCAUUCAAGCCGCUCGGCGCUCCGCAGCCGAAUACUCUCCCGUCUGUGCCCGUCAUCCAGAAAGAUCCGAAGGACCCAUUAGCGUAUGAGCAUAGGAAAGCCGAGAUCAAGCUGGCGCUUAACACUCUGGGCAGCUUCGAUUUCUCAGGUCAUGUCCUUAAUGAGUUCGUACGCGACGUCGCAAUCAAAUACGUGGAAGACGACGACCCAGAAAUCCGGGAGGCAGCAGCAUUGACGUGCUGUCAACUCUAUGUCCGUGACCCGAUUGUCAACCAGACGAGUUACCACGCUCUGGCUGUUGUUGGCGAAGUCAUAGAGAAGCUGUUGACCGUGGGAGUUUCGGAUCUGGAUCCUAGUAUCCGCCGCACAGUGCUCGCAGCGCUCGACGAGCGCUUCGAUCGGCACCUUUCGAAGGCAGAGAAUAUCCGGACCUUGUUUUUCGCCCUCAAUGAUGAGUACUUCCCUAUUCGAGAGGUGGCCAUCUCGAUCAUUGGCAGACUUGCCAGGUACAAUCCAGCUUACGUAGCCCCUUCCCUCCGCAAGACUCUGAUCCAGAUGCUUACCGAGCUUGAAUUCUCCAACGUGGCAAGGAACAAGGAAGAAAGUGCCAAGCUACUGUCGCUCUUGGUCCAGAAUGCUCAAGAAAUCAUCAACCCCUAUGUGGACUCCAUGGUGAAGGUUCUCCUUCCCAAGGCUAGCGACAAAUCCCCGUCUGUGGCGGCUACCAUACUCAAGGCGCUGGGCGAGCUUUGUGCGGUCGGAGGGGAGAGCAUGCUGCCUUACAAAGAUGAGCUCAUGCCAAUGAUAAUCGAGGCACUGCAGGACCAAAGCUCGUCUCAGAAACGGGAGGCUGCCCUCCAUACGCUUGGCCAGUUGGCUAGCAAUUCUGGCUAUGUCAUUGAACCGUAUCUGGAUCACCCCCAGCUCCUCGAGCUGCUGCAGAACAUCAUUCGCAGCGAACCUCAGCAUGGACCACUCCGGCAAGAGACCAUCAAACUUCUCGGUAUCCUGGGUGCCCUUGAUCCCUACCGAUAUCAACAGGUGGAGGAGCGCACUCCUGAGAUCUCAAGGCGGGUCGAAUCAACAGCAAUGACAGACGUCUCGCUGAUGAUGACCGGUCUGACCCCGUCCAACAAGGAGUACUAUCCUACUGUUGUCAUCAAUGCGCUUCUCAACAUCUUGAAGGAUCAUUCCCUGGUCUCCUACCAUGCUCAGGUCAUCGAUGCGAUCAUGAACAUUUUCCGCACUCUUGGUCUGGAAUGCGUUUCCUUCCUGGAUCGCAUUAUACCUGCCUUCCUGAUGGUCAUUCGCAGCACUAAUGGUCCGCGGCGAGAAUCAUACUUCAACCAGCUGGCCAUGUUGGUGAGCAUCGUGCGUCAGCAUAUUCGCAACUUCCUGCCCGAGAUUGUGGACCUCCUUCAAGAAUUCUUCCCCGACAAGCCACCAACUUUACAAUCAACCAUUCUGUCGCUAGUGGAAGCUAUUUCUCGAUCUCUCGAGGGCGAAUUUAAGGUCUAUCUCGCCGGACUCUUGCCCAUGAUGCUCCACGUUCUCGAGCAUGAGACAGUCCCUAAGCGUACAGCCUCCGAGAAGGUCCUUCAUGCGUUCCUAGUUUUCGGUUCGAGUGCCGAAGAGUACAUGCACUUAAUCAUUCCGGUCAUCGUGCGCACGUUUGAGAAACCCAGCAAUCCAACAGUCUUGCGCCGUUCUGCGAUUGAGACGAUUGGAAAAAUCUCACGGCAGGUCAAUCUCAAUGACUUCGCUGCCAAGAUCAUCCAUCCUCUUACAAGAGUCCUACAGUCGAAUGAUCCGACCCUCCGAAUGGCCGCCAUGGACACCCUUUGCGCUCUUAUCCAGCAGCUGGGACGUGACUACCUACAUUUCUCUCACACCGUUGGCAAGAUUCUUCGAGACAAUGGCAUACAGCACUCUAAUUACGACCUGCUUGUCAAUCGUCUCAAGGAGGGAGGCAUUCUGCCACAGGACCUGAGCUCAGAGACGCGUUUCGUUGAUCAGGUUGACGAGACGCCCUUCGCAGAUCUCGGAACUAAGAAGUUGGAGAUGAACGCCAUACAUCUGAAGUCAGCUUGGGACACCAGGGGCAAGUCAACCAAAGAAGAUUGGCAAGAAUGGCUUCGUCGGUUUAGCACGACGUUGUUGACUGAGUCACCAAACCAUGCGCUGAGAGCCUGCGCCUCGUUAGCAAGUGUCUAUUUGCCACUUGCGCGAGAACUCUUUAAUUCAGCAUUCGUAAGCUGUUGGAGUGAACUCUAUGAACAGUUCCAGGAAGAGCUUAUUCUCAAUCUUGAGAAUGCGAUAAAAUCGGAGAACGUAACUCCAGAUCUGCUCAACCUUCUCCUGCAUCUGGCCGAAUUUAUGGAGCAUGACGACAAGGCUCUGCCUAUCGACAUUCGCGUUCUAGGCAGAGAAGCAGCACGAUGCCAUGCCUACGCAAAGGCUCUUCACUACAAAGAACUGGAAUUCCUUCAGGACCAGAGUAGCGGCGCGGUGGAAGCGCUGAUUGUCAUCAAUAACCAACUUCAACAGUCUGAUGCGGCUAUUGGUAUCCUUCGCAAGGCCCAACUUUAUAAAGACGGCAUCCAGCUGCGUGAGACUUGGUUCGAGAAGCUGGAGAGAUGGGAAGAGGCUCUUGCCUUUUAUAACAAGCGCGAAGCUGAGAUCCCUGACGACCAAGCAGUGCCAGUCGAGAUUGUUAUGGGCAAGAUGCGCUGUCUGCACGCUUUGGGUGAAUGGGAUGCUCUGGGGCAGUUGACGGGGACUACGUGGGCAAACUCCUCACCAGAGGUCCAACGACUCAUCGCGCCCCUAGCCACUACUGCUGCAUGGGGCCUUGGGAAGUGGGACUCCAUGGACAACUAUUUGCAAUCCCUGAAGCGGUUUUCACCGGACAGAGCUUUCUUCGGCGCUAUUCUCGCUUUGCAUCGCAACCAGUUCAGAGAGGCCGCACAGAACAUCGAGGCUGCUCGGGAAGGACUUGACACGGAACUUAGUGCGCUCGUCAGCGAGUCUUAUAACCGGGCCUACCAAGUUAUCGUCCGUGUGCAAAUGCUGGCGGAGCUUGAGGAGAUCAUCGUCUACAAGCAGACCGAUGCAAAGAAGCAGUCCACGAUGCGUCGGACGUGGGAACAGCGCCUCAAGGGCUGUCAACGCAACGUUGAUGUCUGGCAGAGGAUGUUGCGUCUGCGAGCACUCGUCAUCACGCCAACAGAGAAUAUGCAUAUGUGGAUCAAAUUCGCCAAUCUCUGCCGAAAAUCUGGACGAAUGAGCCUUGCCGAGAAAUCCUUGAAACAGCUUAUUGGCAGCGAUGCGCCCCUAGAGUCCAUGAUUCCCUUCUGGAACGAUCGCAACGUGAGGCCCAAUAUACCCAAUCAGGUUGUCUACGCUGUUCUGAAGUAUCAGUGGGAGCUUGGCCAACAGGCUACCCACAAAGACACUGAUAUCUCGGAGAAGGCUCUCAGAUGCCUCCGGCUGUUCACUGCAGAGUCAGCAAAGGCUUUCGAACUCAUCAGAGCCGGGCCGAUGCAGUCGCACCAAGCUAACGGUGACAGUUUCCACCUAUCGCAUAGCCUUGGUUAUCCGGACCAUCAUAGUUCGCAUGAUGCGUAUCUUUCGCAACAGAGAGCCACUGUUGACGAGGCUGUACUGCUCGCGAAGUGCUAUCUCCGUCAGGGAGAGUGGAUGAUUGCGUUAGACACCGACAACUGGACACACACGCAUGUCAGGGAGAUCUUGACCUGCUACUCGCAAGCCACAAAGUACAACUCUAGAUGGUACAAGGCCUGGCAUGCUUGGGCUCUGGCAAAUUUCGAGGUCGUCCAGGCGCUCUCAUCGAACGGCGAGGGCGUUCCAUCGCGGAUCGACCACGCUGUCGUCGCCAACCAUGUUGUCCCAGCUGUUCACGGCUUCUUUGAGUCCAUCUCACUUUCUCAGGGAAGCUCGCUGCAAGAUACUCUGCGAUUGCUUACCCUUUGGCUCACACACGGUGGCUACUCUGAAGUUACCUCUGCUGUCACUGAAGGUUUCACGCAUGUCAGCGUCGACACGUGGCUUGAAGUGAUACCACAACUGAUUGCACGCAUCAACCAGCCUAACAAGCGAGUCCAACAGUCCGUCCAUCACCUCUUGGCCGACGUAGGCAGAGCGCAUCCCCAAGCCUUGGUCUACCCUCUCACAGUGGCGAUGAAGUCCUGGCAAGGUAGCCGUCGUUCGCGAUCUGCUGCACAAAUCAUGGACAGCAUGCGACAGCACAGCUCCAAGCUUGUUGAGCAAGCUGACACAGUCAGUCAUGAACUGAUUCGGGUCGCUGUUCUGUGGCACGAGCUGUGGCAUGAAGGCCUUGAGGAGGCAAGUCGCUUGUAUUUUGUCGUCCACAACAUCGAGGGCAUGUUUGCUGCUCUCGAGCCCCUCCACCAAUUACUAGACCGUGGUCCGGAGACGCUCAGAGAGAUCUCCUUUGUUCAGACUUUCGGCAGGGAUCUUACGGAAGCCAGGGAAUGGUGCAGGCAGUACGAGGUCAGCCACGAUGUGAAUGACCUCAAUCAAGCCUGGGAUCUUUAUUACCAAGUCUAUCGGCGCAUCUAUCGGCAGCUGCCGCAAAUGACAUCCCUCGAGCUCACGUAUUGCUCGCCGAAGCUGAUGGAGGCCAAGGAUCUCGACCUUGCAGUGCCAGGUACUUACAAGAGCGGCCAGCCUAUCGUACGCAUUAUGUCUUUCGACACGACGUUCAGCGUUAUUAGCAGUAAACAACGUCCCCGAAAAUUGAACAUAAACGGUAGCGAUGGCCAGUCUUAUACCUUCCUGCUCAAGGGCCACGAAGACAUUCGACAGGACGAACGUGUCAUGCAGCUGUUCGGCCUUUGCAACACACUGCUGGCGAACGACUCGGAGUGCUACAAACGUCACUUGAACAUUCAGAGAUACCCGGCGAUCCCGCUGAGCCAUAGUUCUGGUUUGUUGGGCUGGGUCCCGAACAGUGACACUGUGCACAUGCUCAUAAGAGAGUACCGAGAGAGCCGAAAGAUUCUCCUUAAUAUCGAGCAUCGCAUUAUGUUGCAGAUGGCACCUGACUACGACAACUUGACUCUGAUGCAGAAGGUGGAGGUCUUCGGUUAUGCGCUUGACAACACUACUGGUCAGGACUUGUACCGCGUGCUCUGGCUUAAGAGCAAGAGUUCGGAGGCCUGGCUGGAGCGGCGUACGAACUACACACGCAGUCUAGGUGUGAUGAGCAUGGUUGGCUACAUCCUGGGUCUAGGCGAUCGUCACCCUUCAAAUCUCAUGUUAGACCGAAUCACUGGAAAGAUCAUCCACAUCGAUUUCGGCGAUUGCUUCGAAGUGGCCAUGAAGCGGGAGAAGUAUCCCGAGAGGGUGCCCUUCCGUCUUACCCGAAUGCUCACGUAUGCUAUGGAAGUCUCCAAUAUCGAAGGAAGCUUCCGCAUUACGUGCGAGCAUGUGAUGAGGGUGCUGAGGGACAACAAGGAGAGUGUUAUGGCGGUCUUGGAAGCGUUUAUUCAUGAUCCACUCCUUACUUGGCGGUUGACCAGCGCCGCCAGCCCGGCAGGACCCAACUUCACCUCCGAGAGGGAGCAAGCCCUUGUCGGCCCCCAGGCGCCCCGGGGUCGCCGCGCAUCCAUCCUCGACGCCGACCCUGCCGCGCUUCGCGCCGCCCAAGCAGCUGUAAGCAUCACCAACGACAACGCGAUGGCGGGCGGACCUCCUCGAUCCCGUGCUCGCACCAACUCCUCUGCCGGUGCUCCUCCCGUCGGCAGCUUGGGCAUGAACGGAGCCAACGGCGUCAAUGGCCAGCAGAAUCAAGACCCAACCGAGAUUCAGAACGCUCGCGCAGUCGAGGUCCUGGACAGGGUGUCGCAGAAACUGACGGGCAGGGACUUCAAGGCUGGCGAGGAGUUGGACGUGCUCACGCAGGUCGACAAGCUCAUUGUUGAGGCGACGAAGCUGGAGAAUCUCUGCCAGCAUUACAUUGAGACGGGCGACGGAUUCGCAAGAAAGGAAAUCAAAAUCGAGAGCGCGCUGGAAUGGCAGUUAUCAGAUCAGGGUGGUAAAAGCUCAUCUGUCUCUGUCGUCCUACCUUUCGUCGACAGGCAUGCCGGUGGUGAUGAAGACGACGACAGUCCUCCCAGCGGUGUUCCCCACAGUGGUCCCAGUGAAAGCAAUGGUCGGAAAGUCUUCGCUCACUAUGUGUUUGGCCUCACCGAUGGCCACACGGACGAGGACUGGAACCAGGAGAUCCUCGCCGCCCAUGCGGCCGGCAUCGACGGCUUCGCCCUCAACAUAGGACCCAGUGAUCACUACACAAUGCCGCAACUACGCCAGGCCUACUCGGCCGCCGAGGAGCUCCGCGAGCAGCGCGGCAUCGACUUCGUCCUGUUCCUCUCCUUCGACAUGGCGGCCGGGGAGUGGCCGGUCGUGCUGGUCAUCUCGUGCAUCAACGAGUUCAAGGACUCACCUGCCCAGUUCAAAGUGAACGACCUCCCGUUCGUAUCAACCUUUGAGGGCCCGCGGUGGGCUAACAACUGGCCGGCUGUCAGGGAGGCUACUGGUGGUAUAUACUUUGUGCCGGACUGGAGCUCCCUUGGGCCCCAUGGUGUAGGCGAGAAGCUGCGUCUGAUUGAUGGUGCCUGGUUGCCGCAAUGGGAAAAGAACUGGCUCUCCGCGAGCGAAAAACUUUGGUACGACCGAUGGAUGCACAUGCUCGAGCUCAAACCGGAAUUCGUCCAAAUCAUCACCUGGAACGACUACGGUGAAUCCAGUUACAUCUACGACCCCGUCCGCCCGGGCCAGAUUGUCCCAGGAGCCGAGCACUAUGUGCACGACCUGUGCCCACAUACCGCAUUCAGAACUAUCCUCCCUCACUUCAUUGCCGCUUACAAAGCUGGAAGUACACAAAUCGGCAUGCCGCGGGAAGAUUGCGCCAUCGCGUGGUAUCGGACUACUCCCGCGGCUUGUGGACACGAUGGUGACACAUGCUGGGGCCAGGGCGGUGGUCAAUCCGCAAGCCAAGGAGCCAGAGAUGUCGUCUCCGUGCUAGCAGUUACCAAAGAACCGACUUCUCUUCACGUGAGCAUCGGCGGCAUGUCCCAGGAAUUUACAACACACCAUCAGCAUGGGCAUUUGACAUUCCUCGAGGUGCCGUUUGAUGGCAGACUUGGCCCAGUCCAAUUGUUUAUGAGUGGCAAGUCGGUGACGGGGCCGGAAAUUCGGAACGAGAUCCCUCCGUGUGGACACAACACAUACAAUUACCGCGUGUUCAAGCCUUUCGGCCGGCGGGGUAUUUGA